UGGAGGACCGGAAGGAGUCUAGUCCUCCCGCCAAUCAGAGUCACCCCAUUGUCUGAAUGCGGAAGUUUGACCAUGAGCUUCUGAAGCUGCUGCUGUUUCUCUGAAAGAAGAUCGAGCUUCACCCCAGAAUCCAACUUCCUUCCUCUGUCCAAUAUCUAGUAUUUGAAGAUCUGAAGAUGCAAGUCUCAAUGAACAGAUGAAGGCCUGAUGCCUGAAAUGUUGACUCUCCUGCUUCUCAUGCUGCCUGACCCACUGUGCUUUUACAGCGCAACACUUUUUGACACUGACUCUCCCGCGUCUACAGUCCUUAUUUUCACGUCAAUAUCUGACAGUCACUCAAUUGAUCAGGACAGCCACGAUUUUUGACUAUAAUUCUGUGAGAAGGAGCAAACCUUUUUGGUUCCUGUUUGAGUAAGUUUUCAUUAUCAGUGGGCCUGGAUGAGAGACCCAACUGUUGCUGCCCACUGAAUGUGGAGCCUGAAACUGUUAUACGGCCUGGAAAGAGGAAUUCCCAGCAGUGAGGGGAAGUACAUGCGUUUGAUUGUAGCUGAAGCUUCGGACAUGGAGAAACCGUGGAAGUGUGAUAACUGUGGGAAAGGCUUCCGUACUCCGUCUGACCUGGAGAUUCAUCAGCGCGUCCACACGGGGGAGAGGCCGUUCUCCUGUCCUAAGUGCGGGAAGGGCUUUACCCAGGUCUCUGCCCUGCUUAGGCACCAGCGGAUCCACACGGGGGAGAGGCCUUUCAGUUGCCCCGAGUGUGGGAAGGCCUUCAGCAAUUCCUCCACCUUGCAGACCCACCGACGAGUCCAUACGGGAGAAGGGCCCUUCAGCUGUCCCGAGUGUGGGAAGGCCUUCAGCUAUUCCUACCACCUGCUGAGGCACCAGCGGGUCCACACGGGGGAGAGGCCUUUCAGCUGCCCCGAGUGUGGGAAGGCCUUCAGCAAUUCCUCCACCUUGCUGACCCACCGGCGAAUCCAUACGGGAGAGAGGCCCUUCAGUUGUCCUGAGUGCGGGAAGGCCUUCAGCAAUUCCUCCACCUUGCUGACCCACCGGCGAGUCCAUACGGGAGAAGAGCCCUUCAACUGUCCCGAGUGUGGGAAGGCCUUCAGCUAUUCCUCCCACCUGCUGAGGCACCAGCGGAUCCACACGGGGGAGAGGCCUUUCACUUGCCCCGAGUGUGGGAAGGCCUUCAGCAAUUCCUUCACCUUGCUGACCCACCGGCGAGUCCAUACGGGAGAGCGGCCCUUCAGUUGUCCUGAGUGCGGGAAGGCCUUCAGUUAUUCCUCCGCCCUGCUGAGGCACCAGCGGGUCCACACAGGGGAGAAGCCCUUCAGCUGUCCUGAGUGUGGGAAGGCCUUCACCCGCUCCUCCAACCUCCGGAACCACCAGCGACUUCAUACCGGUGAGAGGCCCUUCAGCUGCCCCGAGUGCAGGAAGGGCUUUACCCAGGCAUCUGCCCUGCUGACCCACCGGCGGAUCCACACGGGGGAGAGACCUUUCAGCUGCCCUGAGUGUGGGAAGGUCUUCAGCAAUUCCUUUGCCCUGCUGAGGCACCAGCGAAUCCACAAGGGGGAGAGACCACUCUCCUGCCCCGAGUGCGGGAAGGCCUUCAGUGAUUCCUCCCACCUUCUGACACACCAGCGGGUCCACACAGGGGAAAGGCCCUUCAGUUGCUCUGAGUGCAGGAAGGCCUUUACCCAGGCCUCUGCCCUGCUGAUCCACCAGCGGCUCCACACAGGGGAGCGGCCCUUCAGCUGCCCAGAGUGCGGUAAAGGCUUCAGCGAUUCCUCCACCCUGCAGACCCACCAGCGGGUCCACACGGGGGAGAGGCCCUUCAGCUGUUGUGAAUGUGGGAAGUGCUUUACCCAGGCCUCUGCCCGGCUGAGACACCAGCGGUCCCACACCGGGGAGAGGCCCUUCAGGUGCCCCAAGUGUGGGAAGGGCUUUGCCCGGGCCUCCAACCUCCAGACCCACCAGCGGAUCCACACGGGGGAGAGGCCCUUUAGUUGUCCUGAGUGCGGGAAGUGCUUUACCCAGGCCAUCACACUUCAGAAACACCAGCAGGUCCACAUGGGGGAGAGGCCCUUCAGUUGCCCCAGGUGCAGUAAGGUGUUCACCUGCUCCUCCCAGCUGCAGAGGCACCAGCAAGUUCACGUGCCAUAGCAGGGGCAUUGAAGGAGUGACGCCUGAGUGCCAUUAUCGACUGGAAUAUUCAUCCAGUUCCAGGGCCUCCCGGGUUCGGAUCCUGCCGUGGCAGAUGGUGAAAUUGGAAUUCAGUCAGUAAUCUAGAGUUCCAAGUCUAACGAUGAAGCCAUUUUUUGGGGGGGGGGCGGGGGAGGAGUUAGGGUGGGGUGGUGGUGAAGGGCGAUAAAACCCCCAUCUGAUUCACUCACGUCAUUUUUCGGGAAGGAAACUACCGUUGUGGGAAAGGAUUCACUCAGUUGUCCCAGCAGCAUCCUUUACCCUUUCUGGCCUAUGGUUGGCUCCACACUGCACCCCCCCGUUCUCUCCACCACUGGGCCCCUCCCUCUCCCCAGCAAAUGAACAGGGAGAAACCUACUUGGAUACAGAGUAUACGUUGAAAUUGCUGAAUGAGGCAAUACUUCCUACAGGCUAAGAAAGGGCGUGUGUGCGCUUUGACUUUGAGCUGUUUUUAAAUAAAAAGCUACUUUUUCUACGCCUUUUUUCUGGGGACAUUCUGAAGCUGUAACAAAGUUGGGUCACAAUAAAGGG